AUGGACACCUUCCGAGUCCGCCUCAACUGCGUGGACCACUACCAAGCGGUCCCGAUUGAUGGCCUAGAUCCUCCAGUACCUCUCGGUGUCGGCAGCGCGAGUCACAAUGACAAACCUCGAAUUUCGGUCAUUCGCGUCUUUGGCGCCACCCCAACCGGGCAGAAGGUGUUGUUGCACAUCCACGGGGCUCUGCAAUAUACCUACAUCGAGUACAGCGGCAGUCUGGUCCCCGACGAUGUUGACGUGGCUAUUCGUACCCUCCAGCUCUCUAUUGAUCACGCUCUGGCCGUGAGCUACCGCAAGAAUAUCUAUGAAAGGAAGCAUCGAUAUGUCGCACACAUCUCCCUUGUGAAGGGGGUUCCAUUCUAUGGCUUCCAUGUCGGUUACAAGUUCUACCUCAAGAUAUACUUGUUGAACCCGCUGCAUAUGACGAGGCUAGCCGACCUGUUGCGGGAAGGAGCCGUUAUGAAGAGAGUGCUACAGCCAUACGAGAGUCACAUGCAAUACAUAGCACAAUGGAUGUGCGACUAUAACCUAUACGGUUGUGGCUAUAUCGACUGCCAAAGAGUCAGGUUUCGCGCCCCGGUCCCCAGAUACGCCGAUCUGACCAACCCAUUGCACCAAUGGCACGAUCUUUCCAUUCCCUCCGACGCGAUCUUCGACGAUGGGCAACUGACCAAGCAGAGCCACUGUGCGCUCGAGGUGGAUGUGCACGUCGAGGGCAUUCUGAAUCGCAACGACGUCCACGCUCGCACACUUCAUCAUGACUUCAUUGAGCGCGUCCACCCCAUUCCGGCAGAUGCCAAGCUGGUGCAAAGCAUGGCCGGAUUGUGGAAGGAUGAGACUCGGCGCAGGAAGUUGAGGAUGGGACUUAAGGACCCGAAUAGCAGCCCCUUCCCUCCAGAGGUUCUGGUGUCAAUGUCAGCGGAUCCGAGAAACACGGCUGACGGAGGUUGGAUUCACGAACACGAAUUCCGUCAAAAAGCGGCCGAGCUUGCUGCUGAAGAGUUUGAAAAGAGUGACAGGCAAAACGUGUCUUUUGACACCUUUGUGAAAUCCACAUCCCUUGAAGACACUGUUCGCACAGCAUUAGAAAGCGUCGACGAUUUGUACCCUCACAGAAUCCAAUUGCUCCACCUGAGAAGUCUGAAUGACGAUUCGAAUGGUAAUAACCCCAUGCAAGAGGAUAACUCUCGACCUAUCGUUGAUCAAGCUCGAUCGGAAAAGUUUGGGGACUCAACAGGCUCUGACGUGGAUGGAGACAACUCGGAAGGAGAUUCUUCUGUCCGGUCACCACAAACAAAUGCUCACAACGACAUCAAACCCAGGGCUGCCGACAAGCAAGUCUCAAGUCCGAUCAGCUCCUCCGAAUACGAAAAGUACGGCAUUCGUCCUGCGGGUGAUGCGCAACACUUUGACGAAGACGCAUUUGAAGUACCACAAGAAUAUCUGAUCGAUCGAGCUGGAGGUACAAAUGGCACCAAGAGAGCACGCUUCGGAGAGGUACCAACAUUCCAACCGAGGAAGAAACACAAACACUUGGUUGAUGGUGAGAAUAUUUUGCCCGAUGUGGGAUUCUGGGAGUCGGAUGAGGACCCAGACUUCUCGAACGAGAUCAGUGAUUCUGAGCCAGGUGCGGAACCGACAGAGGAAGAGAUGCGAAAUAUCCCCUUGCCUCAGGCUACCAUCGACCGCGUGUCACUCGCAGGCCCGCACCGCACAUCAAAGAACGCGGCUGUGGAUGGGCCAAUCUCUGGAAGCCUCUCGCGGCGCUCGAUACUGUCUUUUCCCACGGUGAAAGAUCCCACGGAUCCUGCUACUAUACUUCGGCUUAGCCAGAAGAGCACUGCUUCGCAAAACUCCUCAAAGGCGUCUACGGGUGAACCUUCAAUCUCCCCUGCGACGCUGAAGACGCCUGCAAAGUCCAUAUUCACCGACUCAGAACAGACCCCCUUGCCGCCCGCCGUAGGUGCAGGUAUCGGGUCAUCUGGGUUACUCAAUAUCAAACUCCAAGGUUUUCCAAAAUGGCAGGCAGGGAACAGUGUGCACUUGUACAAACCUCGCCCGCCAAGUUUCAAACAGAUAGCAUCAACUAUGUGGGAGAAUGGUCUGCCUGAUGUAAUUUAUCAGGAAGCAUACUACAGUCAGGAGGAAGACGUCCCUGGCCAAUCCAGGGAAUAUGCUGGUCGCGAAUUCAAGCUCGAGAGUGCAACGGUGCCCUAUCUACCAGACUUUGAUGCUUCCGGAAAGUCCGCCGCAACAUUCGGCCGGAAGCCUCCUUCGUUACUGGAUUUUGCUGCUGAGAGAAUUCGCGACAAUCAGAGACGCAAAAGAUGCACUAUUUCUGAAUGGGUUAUUGCAGCGACUCCGCCUCGAAAUCUCGACGUUCUCUCCUGGCUGCAAGAAGAAACGCAGGCACAUAUUGACAACAACGGGUCUAAUAAACUUCGGACGCGUGGUGCCGCUCUUUCGCAGAUCGAUGGUCCAACGCAGAAGAAUGAUCAUGGCUUCAAAUAUUCUCAGAAGCAGCCCAGUACGAGCGUUCAGCAUGAGACACAGUAUAUGAAUGUGAUGAGCGUGGAGGUCCACGUCAACACUCGAGGUGCUCUGGCUCCAAAUCCUGAUGAAGAUGCCAUUGCUUGUAUAUUCUGGUGUGCGCAGACUGAUGACGACGAUGAUGGUAUUGACAACGAUGCAAGAACGGAUGGGCUCCACGUCGGAAUCCUUGCUGUUGCUGAUGAUAAGCAGGCUGCGGAAAGAAUUGCCCGCAACGUCCCCUAUCACGUUGAGGAAGAGCCUACUGAAUUGGAUCUUCUUACGAGAUUUGUCGACAUUGUGAGGCACUAUGAUCCCGAUGUUCUCACAGGCUAUGAGGUGCACAAUAGCUCCUGGGGUUAUCUCAUUGAGCGUGCGCGUGUCAAGUACGAUCUGAACUAUUGCGAUGAGCUGUCCAGGAUGAAAUCCCAAUCUCACGGACGGUUUGGCAAGGAAGACGACCGCUGGGGUUUCAACCACACUUCGACAGUUCGUGUCACGGGUCGACAUACAAUCAAUAUCUGGCGGGCCAUGCGCGGCGAAUUGAACUUGCUUGGCUACACUAUGGAGAACGUUGUGUACCACUUGCUACAUCAACGAAUACCUCACUACAGCUUUGCUGAUUUGACGAGGUGGUACAACAGCAAGAAUCCUCGCGACCAGGCAAAAGUCAUCGAGUACUUCAUAUCGAGGACAAAGCUCGACAUUGAACUUCUCGAAGCCAAUGAGCUGAUCCCGAGAACAAGCGAACAGGCCCGACUGCUGGGGGUCGAUUGGUUUUCAGUCAUUUCCCGUGGUUCACAAUUCAAGGUAGAGUCUUUGAUGUUUCGCAUAGCGAAACCGGAGAACUUCAUCUUGGUCUCACCCAGUCGCAGGCAAGUCGGGGGUCAGAAUGCAUUGGAGUGCUUACCGCUGGUAAUGGAGCCUCAAAGUGAUUUCUAUACCAGCCCACUGCUGGUUCUCGACUUCCAGUCCCUUUACCCCAGCGUCAUGAUAGCCUACAACUACUGCUACUCGACUUUCCUCGGCCGAGUCGUCGGCUGGCGAGGCGCGAACAAAAUGGGAUUCACAAAUUAUCGCCGGGAACCCAGAUUACUAGAGCUACUCAAGGAUCAUAUCAAUAUCGCACCGAACGGGAUCAUGUAUGCGAAACCUGAAAUUCGAAAGUCCCUGCUGGCAAAGAUGUUGAGUGAAAUUCUCGAGACCCGCGUCAUGGUCAAGAGUGGAAUGAAAGUCGACAAGGAUGACAAGACACUGCAGAGGUUGUUGAAUAACAGGCAACUUGCCCUCAAGCUUAUCGCCAACGUCACCUACGGCUAUACCUCAGCGUCGUUUUCCGGAAGGAUGCCGUGCUCAGAGAUUGCGGACAGCAUUGUACAGACUGGCCGCGAAACGCUCGAGAAGGCAAUUGCUCUGAUCCACUCGGUCGAGCGUUGGGGAGCGGAAGUGGUCUACGGCGAUACUGACAGUCUCUUUGUCUACCUCAAAGGCCGAACAAGAGAGCAAGCCUUUGACAUUGGUGAAGAAAUUGCCGACACAAUCACGAAGAUGAAUCCUCGACCGGUCAAGUUGAAGUUCGAAAAAGUCUAUCAUCCGUGCGUUCUACUUGCGAAGAAAAGAUACGUGGGGUUCAAGUACGAAAAUCGCAACCAGACUGUACCAGACUUUGAUGCCAAAGGAAUCGAAACUGUGCGUCGAGACGGCACUCCAGCCGAGCAGAAGAUCGAGGAGACGGCACUAAAGCUCCUGUUCCGCACCUCUGACCUGAGUCAGGUCAAAGCUUUUUUCCAGUCUCAAUGCGCCAAAAUCAUGCAAGGCCGGAUUUCCAUCCAGGACUUUUGUUUCGCUCGAGAAGUCAAGCUUGGGACUUACAGUGACAAACAACCUCCACCUCCUGGUGCACUUAUCAGCGCUCGAAAAAUGGUAGAGGAUCCGAGGCUGGAACCGCAAUAUGGCGAGCGAGUACCCUAUGUGGUUGUUACAGGCGGACCAGGCGCCAGGUUGAUCGAUCGUUGUGUAGCGCCAGAAGUCUUACUCAAUGACGCGCACUCGGAGCUCGACGCGGAGUAUUACAUUUCCAAGAACAUCAUCCCACCCCUUGAACGCAUCUUCAAUCUGGUGGGGGCAAAUGUCCGCCAAUGGUACGACGAAAUGCCAAAAUACCAGCGUAUCAGGAGAGUAGACGGUGGGCUUGGUACAGAAGGUAAAAACAGUGCGAGGGCUCAAAAGACCAUGGAGUCAUACAUGAGAUCGUCGACAUGUCUUGUUUGUCGCGAUCGACUGGACACUCCGGCUCCGCUGUGUGACAAGUGCUCUCAGCAGUCUCCGCAGACUAUGCUAGCACUCCGGUCGAGGCUGAUGAAAGUUGAGAGAAAAGCGGCACAACUCGCCAAGGAAUGCUUCUCGCGCCUCCAGCAUCUCAAUCUUCGUUACGAUCGGAAGCAUGGCAUCCCCUCCAAGGCGGACAAAUCUGGCAUGCAACUACUGCCGUUACAGGUGGGCUGGGUCCAACAGUACUUCGAGGAUAGAGGCCUGGAGUGCGUAUACCAAGACGCCGCGUCUCCGAGAAUUGACAGACAUGAACCGAUUGAUGCUCACCUGGGUCGAUUGAAUGCAAUCGAGGAUGUUCUACGGCAACACUCAAUGAUUAUCAACUCCUUGCGCCCAAACCCGCCACAGACAUUCGACACAUCCUCCACACCGACGUAUACCUAUGAGGACAUAUCCUGCGUAAAUACGACUCAAACUCAGCAGGAUGAUGUGAGACGUGAUCGCUCUACAAGCAUAGUGAAUGAUGCGCCGGACAACUUCGCCAGACAAUCGGACGAGCAAGUGCCUCCACUGACGAUCCCCCUCGGUCAUCAGACUAGCACAAGCAGUCUCCUUACACUCUCUUCCAUGCGCUCUCUGGUGGGCGACUUCCCGGAGGAGUUUCUAUUCCUGGUAGAGGAGAAUCGUCCACAUCCUCCGUGGUUACAACACGUCGAAUUAGCGUCCGAUGAGGUAGGACAAGACAUUCUCCAGCUUGAGAACCCAUUCGCAAACACCUGUUUUGAGCGAUUCUGGACACUAGUGCAUCCGUACCGGCCCUUGUUUGACCUGGAAGACCUUCAAUCACAAUACGAGAGAACCUUGAGCGAAGGGAUCCAGGAGGAUCCACGCUCUGCCCUCGUUCUGUCUCUCCUUGCAUUAGGAGCAACUGCCUUGGACCCUAUCGAAGCCGCCGCAACCAAACACAGCGGUGAUGCGAUGGUCAGACGAGCUCUUCGCAUACUAGUUCCGACAUGGGCCACGACAUUUAGCGGAGAUCUCGUUCUAUCUCAGGCACUCAUUCUUUGCGCGCUUUACUUCUGCUAUGUGGUCGACCCACUGAUGGCCUGGAGGCUUACACAUAUGGCAUCCACAAGUGUGCAGCAAAUGCGCAGAGAACAUUUGUCCAAAAACACCAAUGAAGGUGUCAUCAGAGUCAGUUGGGCGUGCUUCUUAAUCGAAUGCGAUAUCCUUGCCGAAUUCCAUCAACCCAGAAGUGGUAUCGAACCGCUGGUUGAUCGGAUGCCCUUUCCUGCAUACAGCAACGUCACAGCGUUAGAAAGCUUGUACUCAUUGGCCGACAUAUCGGCCAGGUCCUUGCUCAAUCGAAUUCACCAUACGAUGUACUUCACGGACAGUCUCUCCCUAUAUGCAGGUCGGUCACAAAACUCAGGCGGGAUCCUCUCGUCUGAUCCCGAUGCUUCAUUAUUAAGAGUUUGCGAAGAACUCGAUCGCCAGCUUGAAACGUGGUAUGAAUCGCUACCAGAGGCCAUCAAACCAGAUCUUUGGGGCAGACCCAGGGGCAGUGACCAAGCUUGUGUUCUGCGCCUGAGAUAUUGGUCCGCCAAACACAACAUCUAUCGACCUUUUGUGGUCUAUGCGGCGUCACGGGCUACAGAACAUGAGGGAAGCAUACCGGUGGCGGCUCUUGAGCGUUGCCGGCUAUGCCUCUCUGCGAGUCGAAUAUUCUUGCUAACUGCUGGCCAUGUUCUGUCGAGCAGAAGUCCAUACACUUUUAGCACAGCACAGUGGUAA